GGAAGAUGCUGACCUGGAGACACGUCUGGGGUUCCUCUACAUGCUCGGUGUAAUCGAGGAAGCGAAAUGGAUCCUUCUAGAAGAAGUGAGAGCGACUGGCAAGGGCUAGUGAACGAGUUCCUGGUGUGUAAGAGAAAGCUGGAGAGUAAGAAGGAGGCGCUGCUGAUUCUGUCCAAAGAGCUGGACACCUGCCAGCAGGAGCGAGACCAGUUUAAACUGAUGGCCAAUCAGCUGCGAGAGCGCCACCAAGGCCUGAAGAAAAAAUACAGAGAGCUUAUCGACGGUGAUCCGACUUUACCUCCAGAAAAGAGAAACCAAGUGAAUUUAGUGCAGCUGCUGCGUGAUGCUCAGGAGAAGAACAGGAAGCUGAGUGAAGAACUGAAAGAGCUGAAUCAACGAUUAAUAGAGGUUCAAGGUGACAACAAGUUGCUGAGGAUGACCAUCGCUAAACAGCGUCUCGGUGAUGAAGAGGUCGGAGUCCGUCACUUCCCGGCCCAUGAGAGAGAAGAUCUCGUACUGCAGCUGGAAAAAGCUCGUGAGCAGAACUCGGAGCUGGAGCAGAGCGUGAAGGCCGCAAUGGAUGAGCUGCAGGAUGUGCGGGCGGAAAGAAACGUGUAUCAGGAGAAAGCGCACCGCCUCAACAUCGAGCUCAACCACAUCCUGAGACACCACGACGGACGGAUCAUGGACGUGGACGCUCUGUGUAUGGAGAACAGAUACCUCCAUGAACGCUUCGUCCAGCUUCAGGAGGAAGUGUCUCUCCUCAAAACCAAUCUGAUGAAAUACAAGACUGCACUGGAGAGUAAGAAGAACUGUAAAGUGUACAGCAGAACCAACAGCAGUGCACUAACAGGAGUCCUCUCAGCUAAACAAGUUCAGGAGCUGCUGCUCUCUGAGGAAAACAGCUGCAGUCUGCCUGUGACGCCGCAGUCCAUCAGUGACCUGAAGUCUUUAGCCACAGCGCUACUGGAGACCAUUCACGAGAAGAACUUGGUCAUUCAGCACCAACGCCAGACCAACAAGAUUCUGGGGAACAGAGUGGCAGAACUGGAAGGGAAGCUGAAGGCACUGGAGAUGACUGGACUCUGGAGUUUGCCUGGAGGAAGAGAUGUGAUUAUUCUGAGUGAACAGCAGCAAGUCCAGAUGUCGGUGGGGCAGACGGUGCAGCUCCAGCACGGCUCUGUGGGAGACGAGGAGGUCGUGACCGGAGAGGAAGUGACCGAAGACACAGCUCUCACGGCUGAGGAUUUUUCCAGGCGUCAUUAUCACAGCAAAGUCAACUUGAAGCACACACACACUCCUGAAUCCGGCAGAAAUCUUCCCACAGAAACCACCACCAGCUCACAGAAGAGUCCUGUGGAGAGAGUAGCACACGGUUAUGAAGCAGAUCUGGCAACCCGUGACCAUGGGAGCGCAAGCACAACUCCAUCAGGGGAUGUUGGGAAAGAGGGCGGAGCUCCAGUCCUGUGUUCUGAGGAUGGUCCUGAUAUUCAGGAUGGAUCACAGAGAGACACGAGCAGCAGAGAGCCAGUGUGUAAUCCAGACUGUGCCGAACCGUCUGAUCCCAGAACCGUGGAGAUUACAGAACAUGUGACGAGAGAGGAAACGGAACCAAACACCCCAAGCACAUAGAACGCAGAAUUAAUUACAGACUCGCUGGAUUAUCUUUUACUAAGCUUCUGAUUUCUCCAGGACGAGAGAUGGGGUUCAAACACAAACGUGUUUACGAUAAGAUCACACUUUCGUAGUCUUUACAACAUCGGAAGUCAAUUUUUUGUCUUGUUAACGUAGCUGAGAGAAGCGUCAUUUACAAAUGUCUCAACAGCUACGUUAGAGCUAGCUAGAUCACUAGCUAACAGUUUACGUAUGGAGUUCAUGUUAUCCUGGUAACUUAGCAACUCUUCAUUUUAACAGUGUGAACAUCGGCUGCAUCGUAUGUUGACCUUCCCGUGUCAAAAAUGCAUUUAUACAAAAGUACACUUUUUUUUUCUUCUUUUACAAAUCUGACACUUUCUCAGGUUCAUAAACGCUACAAGCAUCAGAUGAUAUUUUAAAUUUUCUAAUAGUGACGUGUCGUUUGCUAACGAGUCAACUCUUUGAACUCACUUUUAGAUGAGCCGACUUGCACAUAGGAGCUGUUUUUAUGCAAAAUGUCAUCACUGCUCGUACACUCUUACACUUCCCGUGUAAUUUAAUCAAAAUGUUUCCACAGAUUGUAAGAUUUUAAGAUUUCAGUCAUAGUUGGACAAAAAA